AUGCUGAGAAUGGUUAGGCUGAUUUUCCCUGCCUUCAUCCUUGCCUUGUUCAUUGCCAAAAUCUUUGCCAACCCAAUCAAUCCAGCCUUGCCCGCUCCUGACCGUUGGGAUACGAGUCCUGCUCCUGGACCACUUGGCACGCUCGAGGGUCAUCUUCUACUUGCGGCCAAGCUAUCUUCCUCCCACGAGGGAGCUGAUUCUGAAGACCUCGGAGCCUCAGCGGCGGAUGCUCAGGUGUCGUUCUUAUUGGAGCGUGUAAAUGUGAUCUGGUUAUGCGUAUUGUCACUUCUCUAUUUCUUCAUAUCACCCUCUCAUGACAAAACUAAAGACGCCGCACUUAGUCACCUUCGCAGCGUAGCUAAAGCUUAUGUGGCAAUCGUACCUGGUGCAGGAUACAUCAUUAAUAUUGCGUUCGAUUCACUCGAGGAGGUGAGUGAGCUAUACAGGGACGAGGCCAACAACAUUGUCCUCGAGGCUGCAGAAGAAAUGAGGAAACUUCUAAAGGGUGCACCACUUGACGUGACUACAGCUCACAAAGUACUUCGCAUCUUCCAAAAGCGAGGUGACCAACUUUCUGCACUUGCAUCGAAAGCUGGAGGAGACUUCCUUGAGCCAUUCAUCGAAAGGGGAGUAAAUGGAGCACAAGAGAAGGCGAGAGGGGUUUUUCAAGACACAGCGGAGCAGGUUAGACGCAUUUUUAGCGGUGGGUAUUCACAAGAGAACAUUGACAAGGCCAAGAGCCCUGUGAGUGAGAAGACUACCAAGGUGAAGUCCCUCGUUGAGAGCAAUGAAGACCAGAAUUCAGGGAGCGUGAAAGGAAUCUGA